AUGCCUUCUGAGCAACCCCGCGGGGAAUGUCCGGAACUCAUAACGCCCGAAACAGAUCCGAUCGCAGUUAACAAACUCGUCAACGACACGAUAGAGCAGCUCAGGGGGGCUGAUACCUGUUCUACAAGUCUACAACCUACCAAUGGCCGUCGCCCCAAGAGGAAAAGGACAGUGUCCUUAUCUGAUAUAUCGGAAAUCUCCAGCCGCGUUAACGACUAUGGCCGCAGCUUCUGGGAAGAGCAAACAAUACAAACGUCCGUAAGAGAUUCACAAAGUUUGUCGGUCUUCGGAACAUGGGUCCCGGAGACUCAACUACCCGGGAAGGUUGAGAUUGAGUCAUUGUCCAACGAGCUCAGCAAAGCCAUGGUGCGGCAUUACAACGACAGAACCAAGGACUGGAUACCGCUAAGCAAACUGAGACGGAUCUGUAGCUCUCAUGCCGUUGCCGAGGAGCUGAAAGGCAAGGUUGACGCAUCUCAAAUGGAAAACUACAAAGCCUACGUCUGUGGCAAGACUCCCAAUGACUUCAAGGACGGACAGUCAGCAUACAUUGUUUUUGCAAUACUCGUCAGAACGGGGCGACUGGACAUGCUGCAUAAAUUUUUCACGGCAAAAGUCUAUGACAGACACUUCCCUUUCAUCUAUGGGGAUGGUGAUAUGCUUCAACCGCGCAACAAAAGUCCUCAAGGGCAUGAUAGACCUCGUUUCCCUUCAACGGACAGGACCUUCAUGACUCAGUUCUACGCGGAACAGUGGCGUUUCAACGUUCCCAUCAUAGCAAUGGCUGACCAUGGGCAACCCGUUGAAUAUGAGCUCCAUUCUGAGACCAUCAUGCCGUGGACAUCUUGUCGCCUUCUCGACGAACAAGGUUGGCAUGCUGAUGUUUUCGAGAUCGAGAUUCAUCCAGACCACCAUCACUUUACUGGGCACGACCUGUUUGCCCUCAAGACGCUCUCCUCUAAUGACCCGAGAGAGUUUCGUCGAGAGAUUUACGCACUCAGAAAGGCUACGCCUGGGCGUCAUGUGAUUGAGCUCUUUGCGACCUUUGAAUGCGGCGACAAAUUCUCUUUCCUCUUUCCCUGGGCGGAAGGAGGAAAUCUGGGCAAGUUCAUGGAGAUGCACCCUUCGCAACUCUUCCCUGCGACUACCAAUUACUCGGCUACCAGUUACUCGGCGAUCCUCACCCGAUGGAUUGCCAAGCAAUGCGCUGGAAUCGCCGAGGGCCUACACGGGAUUCACAACGCCAAACCGGCGGUCCGGCGUAAGUUCGACACCCCUAACAAAGACUGGAAGGACAACUACGGCAUCCACAAGGAUAUAAAGCCAGGGAAUAUCCUUCGCUUCAUGAACAAAAAUCUCAGUGGGGAUCUUGGCGAGCUCAAGCUGGCCGAUUUUGGCUUGACCAAGUUCCACACAGCGUCUAAGAGAUCUGCACAGCCCGGAAAAGAAGAAAGGUAUGAAUCCUAUGGUGCACCCGAACAGACGAGAAAGGGGCCCUUGGUUUCUAGAAAAGCAGACAUCUGGGCUCUGGGCUGUGUCUUCUUGAUGCUCUUGACAUGGGCCAUCCGGGGCCCAGGAGCCCUCAGAAGAUUUGAAUGCGCUCGCUUGAAUGAACGAGGAGCUAAGCUCAACUGGACCCGGGACACGUUUUUCAGAAGUGGUGCCCAGGAAGCCGGCGAUUCACCUUAUGACGGCAUUAUUCUGAAGCAAGCUGUGAGACUUCGUGUCCAACUCAACAAGGAGGCAGUCUCUACAGCUGACGGUGAAACCAACUACCUCAUUGAGUUUCUCAACUUCAUCCUCUCUCACAUGCUGGUCAUUGGCAGGGAACAGCGCGCCACGUCCGAGGUGGUCUACAAGUUUCUCAGCGAGAAGAUGGAACAAUACAACGAAACCGGCUAUAAUGUUACUCUUCCCACUUUGGAUGGGUCUCAGAGCACGGAUGAGCCAGAAUGUACUUGUGAUCAUGAGGAGAGCGAGUUUCACUGCCAGUACCAGAACGGCAUACCCCCUGGGGUUGAUGUUUAG